CACUACAUUUUUAUAUCACCCAGAAGGACAAAAGAAAAAAAAUGGAACAGGCAGCCAAAUCUAUUGUUUUUCUUGCAUUUGUUCUACUUUUCUUCGCUUCAUCUGGGGUAGCUGAUCCAUUGACUUAUAACGUUCUUAACUAUGGAGCCAAACCCGAUGACAAUUUUGACUCAACCCAAGCCUUGGUUGCUGCAUGGACUUUGGCCUGUGGCUCCAUCAAUCCCGCAACUAUUUACGUCCCGCCUGGGAGGUUUUUGGUGCGCAAUGUUGUUUUUCGUGGACAGUGCAAGAACAAUGGUAUUGUUUUUCGUAUCGAUGGCACGCUUGUUGCUCCAUCGGAUUAUAAGGUUAUUGGAAGUACCGGAAACUGGCUUCUCUUUGAGCAUGUAAACGGUGUUUCGAUUUACGGUGGGAUAAUUGAUGGUCAGGGCACUGGCUUAUGGACUUGCAAGAGGUCAGGCAAAGGCUGUCCCAGCGGGGCAACGUCCUUAGGCUUCAGCAAUUCGCGGAACAUUGUAAUAAGAGGAUUAACAUCGCUAAACAGCCAAAUGUAUCAUAUUGUCAUCAAUGGUUGUAACAACGUAAAAGUGGAAGGUGUAAGAGUGUCAGCCUCUGGGAAUAGCCCAAACACCGAUGGCAUUCAUGUGCAAUCAUCGAGCGGCGUCACCAUUCUGAACACCAGAAUCGGAACAGGCGAUGAUUGUGUCUCGGUUGGGCCCGGCACCAACAAUUUAUGGAUUGAGAAGGUGGCAUGUGGACCUGGCCAUGGGAUCAGCAUUGGGAGUCUUGGGAAGGAAGUUGAAGAAGCUGGUGUGCAGAAUGUGACUGUUAAAACAGUUGCAUUUACUGGCACUGAAAAUGGGGUGAGAAUAAAGUCAUGGGGGAGACAAAGCUCUGGUUUUGCUAGGAACAUACUUUUUCAGCAUGCAGUCAUGACCGAUGUCCAAAACCCCAUCGUCAUUGAUCAACAUUACUGCCCAGAUGAAAAGAACUGCCCUGGUCAGGUUUCGGGAGUAAAAAUUAGCGAUGUGACAUACCAAGACAUCCAUGGAACAUCAGCGACAGAAGUAGCAGUGAAGUUUGAUUGUAGCUCAGAAUAUCCUUGCAGUAAUAUAAAGCUGGAGGACGUGAAGCUCACUUACAGAAACAAAGCAGCUGAAGCAUCCUGUAGUAAUGCUGAUGGAACCGCUUCUGGUUUUGUUCAGCCCUCAAGCUGCUUGUAGUAAUAUUUAUCUUCAAAACUAUCCACAAACGCAUGAUUUUUUUUAUCCAUAAAAAUACCAUAAGGACAUGAAUUUCAAAUACCAUUUCACUCACGAUUAUUGCAAUUAGAGAUGUUUGUAGUGAUUAUAGACACAGAAUGAAAUUCGGAAUUCAAAAUUGAA